CCGAUACCCAUAAUACAGUGACUCGGUCGGCUAUUUAGAGCUCGAGUUGACGGUACGAGUCCCGUAUAAGUUGCCGUACUUGUAUCAUAGGGCAUAUACGGCCGUAAUGCGGUGAGGGUUUGUUCAUCCUGGAGUAAUACGCACAUGUGAGUCACGGGAUCAUCGAUCAACCAUUCCGUGUUUAUACAUGUUAGAAAUCAACUGACGCGGUUGUGCUGCGUAUGCAAUCGUCUCGUUUUAUCAACUUGUGGUCCAAUAUCAAGCAAUACAAUAUCCAUGUGAUAGUUGCGGAGCUCAAGCAGAAGGCGGAGAAGGCCAAAGAUGCGAGCGUCACAAUGAUGGUGAACACAAGGGACAAAUAUUCCAGUGUUCCUUCUUCAAAAACGAAGUGGGAUCCCAACUGGAAGCGUGCACCUCCACCUGCUCCAGCAAGAUCGUCGGGUAAUGGCCCCCCACCGCCUCCGCUGCGAACACGUCCAAAUGCUUCUGGAAGUACGAGAAGCUCUGUUGUGUCACCCCCUCCUCCCUUGGCACACGAUUCGCGGACCGGUGCUUCUCCCCCACCAUCGUACAGCCAUCUCUCUCCCCCACCCACACGCGCUACGAGCUCUUACCCAUCGCAGUCGGGAUCGACACAUCAAGUGGAUCACAUAGAUUGGGCGAAUUUGUCACAGGAAGACAAGGAUGAAUUUUUUAGCUGGCUGGACGAAUUUUUCUCUAGAUAUCUCAAUAUCGCUCUGCCUUCCGGACGGUCAUCUGCAGGAAUGAAAGGAAGUACUGCAGUCACAGUGCAGUCAGCUGGACCUCCGCCGGUCAAUCUCAAUUCACGACCGUCAUGGUGAAAGACCUCCUUUUCUGGUACUGCGCCUCUGUACUAACAGUCCACAUUUAUGGAGCCCGAAAGAUUAAUGCAUAGUUGUUAAUGAACGACUGCGAAGAUAUCCAACACCCGUGAGGCUACAAAUCAUAACGUACAAAUACAAGAGAAGAAUUUGGGAUAUAGGUAUUCCGAUGUGGGAUGACAUUCGGACGUCAGCUAGGGUACACCAUGCGCCCAUAUACAAUACAAGGUAGCAAUCGACUAGAUUUACCCUGACGGUCGUACACAGUCAGGAUGACGUGUUCGGUACAAAUUUUGCACGCGGCGGUCUUCUGUC